CUGGGACUGGACCUCUCCCGCUGGGUGUGAAGUCCCACGCACUUUUGCAGUAGUGAGGGAGGUAGGGUGUGAGGCUGUAAGCCAGCAGUGUUGCAGAUUUCCCUAUAAACAAACGGGGGAGAAGUUCACUCAUUCCUCUCCAGAGAGGCCUGGUACUUUCGUUCUAAAGCUCUGGUUUCCUCGGGGAACAGAAUUGCUAAAGCGCAAUAGUUAUAAUUAAGCAUGUUUCCACUGACUGAGGAAAAUAAGCAUGUGGCUCAGUUGUUGUUCGGUACUGGCACCUGUCCAAGAUGUAUCUUCAGAUUCUGUGGCGUGGAUUUUCAUGCACCAUACAAACAUUCAUAUGAGGAGUUGCUUAAUGAUAUACAGAAAUUUCUGAAAGCUGAAAAAGAUGAAUUAAUUUUGGAAGUUCCAAACCCACCUCUCAAGAAAAUUCGGCUUCAAGAACUGGAAGAUGGGAUUGAUAAUCCGAGUCAAAAUGGGGAGAACAAGAUCUCUGUUAUUGAAGAUGGGAGCAUUGCUUCCCCAAACUCAAAUUUAAAUGUAAAUGUAUGCAAUGUUUGCCUAGGAAUUCUUCAAGAAUUCUGUGAGAAAGAGUUCAUUAAAAAGGUGUGUCAAAAGGUUGAGGCCUCUGGGUUUGAAUUCACAAACUUGGUAUUUUCAGUCUCCUUCCCACCACAGCUCUCUGUAAGAGAGUUUUUGGCAGACACAACAUCUUUGUAUGUGGUGCUGAGGAUCGAACCCGGGCCGCACGCAUGCCAGGCGAGCGCGCCACCGCUUGAGCCACAUCCCCAGCCCCAACAUGCUGCAUGGUUGCUGGUAAAACAGGAAAUGGGAAAACAGAGUCUGUCACUGGGAAGAAAUGAUAUAGUUCAGCUAAAAGAAGCCUACAAAUGGAUAACAUACCCCCUGUUUUCAGAGGAACUGGGUGUUCCCAUUGAUGGAAAGAGCUUGUUUGAAGUGAGUGUGGUCUUUGCUCACCCAGAAACAGUUGGGGAUUGCCACUUCCUAGGUAAAAUUUUACCAGACUGUUUCAAGCCAGCCAAAAAUAAGCAGUCGGUAUUCACUAGAAUGGCAGUUAUGAAAGCUUUGAAUAAGAUAAAAGAAGAGGAUUUCCGCAAGCAGUUUCCUUGUCCUCCAAACUCACCAAAGGCUGUUUGCACUGUUCUUGAAAUUGAAUGUGCUCAUGGUGCUGUUUUUGUGGCUGGGAGAUACAAUAAAUAUUCCAGGAAUCUACCACAAACUCCUUGGAUAAUUGAUGGAGAAAGGAAGCUGGAAUCUUCAGUGGAAGAAUUAAUUUCAGAUCAUCUGCUGACAGUAUUCAAAGCAGAGAGUUUUAAUUUCUCAUCCUCUGGAAGAGAAGAUGUAGAUGUGAGAACAUUAGGAAAUGCCCAAAUGUUAACUCCAUCAACACGUUUCUGUUUCAUGACGGGGUGUGUGCUGCCAGGAAGGCCCUUUGCAAUUGAGCUGGUGAAUCCUCAUAGAGUACAUUUCACUUCACAAGAAAUUAAGGAACUUCAGCAGAAAAUUAAUAAGUCAUCUAACAAAAUCCAAGUACGUGACUUGCAGCUUGUUUCAAGAGAGGCAAUAGGACAUAUGAAAGAAGGUGAAGAAGAAAAGACUAAGACCUAUAGUGCCUUAAUAUGGACAAAUAAAGUAAUACAGAAGAAAGACAUCGAAUUUCUGAAUGAUAUAAAGGACCUAAAGAUUGACCAGAAAACCCCUCUACGGGUCCUUCACCGAAGACCCUUGGCUUUGAGAACUCGUGUCAUCCACUCUAUGGAGACACACUAUGUGGAUGAACAUCAUUUCCGCCUUUAUCUGAAGACUCAAGCUGGAACCUACAUUAAAGAGUUUGUACAUGGAGACUUUGGGAGAACCAGGCCAAACAUUGGCUCUCUGAUGAAUGUGACUGCUGACAUUCUUGAGCUGGAUGUGGAGUCUGUAGACGUUGACUGGCCACCUGCUCUGGAUGACUAGCUUUUAGAUUUGGAGAUAAAGAGUAGGGUUUUCUUGGCAUGAUGUGGACAUCCAUGCAACAUACCCUGUAAAAUGGCUGUUUACUCACCAUAACGGUGUCUUGGAAACCAUUUGGAUCAUGUUGAUCUAUUUUUAAAUUUGUUAUAACAUCUCAGGAUCUGUGUGUAUAUUUUGUGUUCAGUUGUUCUAAGAAUGUCUUAUGACUUUUCUCAUUCCCUCUCUCACUCUCCCCAGUGAAACUAUGAACAGUGAAACCAUUCUUCUUCCUAAUUCUUUCAUUCAGAGAGGCGCACAAACAGGAAAAACUGUUAAUUCAAGAAGCUGUAAUUUCUUUCAGCAAGAUUUCUUCUGCAGGAGACAUGUCACCUUUAAAAUCAUGUUCUAAAUUUUUAAAUUAUCUGAACAAAAGUUCUACUGGAUUUAUGCAGCAUAGUAUCCUAUAAUAUUCUAAGAUAUCAAUGCAAAUAUGACAUCAUUAAUAUUUUUCCUGGGAGGCCUCAAGCAAGCUAUUAUCAAUGGAAGUACUUUUGGGUGUAAUUUGUGACAAAUCAUAAUGACCUCAAAUUACUAUUUUGACAAUCUAAAAUUGUUAGUGCAUGUCCCCUGUGGAAGGAAAGUGAAACUUUAGGAAUUGAGGCACACCAUGGUAAGAGAUUUUCACAGACCUUUUAAAUAAAGAGAAACAAGUGCCUUUAAUAACUUCAAUCCCAGGGUUAACAAUUUGAAAAAUUGAGAUUGCUAAAAGUAAACUGAUACUAUUUCAAAGUUCUUCAAUAUAUUAUCCAAUUUCAAACAUUUUAAUAAGGUAGAUAGGAUAUUGCCUCUAAUUUUUUAAUUAUGGAAACCAAAGAAUAAAAGUUAAAUAAAUGACUUAUCUAAAAUUUUUACUUUGAUAUCCAACACUAGAACUGAAGUAUCUUAGUCCCUAGGGUCUUUCAUAAUUAAACCCUGUUAAUCUAUCACCUAUUUUAUGAAGGAGACAUCUGAGAGUACCAAAUAAAUUCAUGUAACCGUAAGAACUGACUUUUGGAAUUUAGAUACCAAAUCAAGAAACUUACCAAAAAAUGGCCCAAAUAUAUAUCAUAUAGUCCCAUAUAAUCAUCCUAAAGAAAAUGGAUGGCUCAUUAAUAGUUUCAGAAAGGAAGCUCAUUAAAAUUUCAGAUUUAAGUGUAAUUUCCAUCACCUGAUUUAACGAUUUGAGCUUUAAGGACUUGGACAGUAUGACUGUUUCUUAUCUCUAUACUAAACAUAGUUCAUAGAUACCAAGAUUCACUUUAGAUAUCAGGAAAAUGGUUUUGACAUGAAAAAGUAAGACUACCACUUUGAAACCAUGUAUUUACUCAUAUGUGAAUAGUAGCAAGUAUAUGUUUCACUAUUCUCAAUGCCAAAAAAUGAGAAAAGGAUCACAGAAAUAAACUUUGAUAAAAAAAAGCAUUUGUGUGGAUGUUUCUCAGUUUCUGGGGAAAUUUGACUUCAAAAAGAUUUAAAUUUAGGGAAAAGUCUUUUGCUAGUUACUUUUGGUUCAGUUUUGAAUCCAGUGGAUUGGCAAUUUGGAAGAAUCAAGAGCCUUCUUAACGAAUUUAAAUUAGAAGGUUUCCGUUUCUUAAAUUUGCAAAAUUUCAAGCAGAAUAAACAUUAGCUGUAAAUACUUACUCCAUGUGUUCAUAUAAUUUUGAGGCAAGUUGUUAAAAAUUAAUGUAGGUCUGUUAAGGCAGAACUGGGUACAUGAAGUAAUGAGAAUAUUAUAGUUUCCAUCUUGGCCUAUAUAAAAUAUUUUAAAAUUAGUUAUUUCAUUCUUUAAAUUUUAUUUAAAUUAGAAAUCUUUUAAAUAACAUUUAAAGGGGGCUUUGUUCUUCUUGAUAUCUCUUUCCCAUAUAUAGUAUGUGAUUUGUUUUAGGGAAACCAUCAACUCUUAAUACCUGGAAGAGUCAAGAAAAAAUAGAAUUCGUAAAAUGAAAAAUUUUCAAGUAAGAUAACUGGUUACAUUUGCAAGUUAAGUGAAGUAAAUUCAGAAACUAAAUUUCCACUUCAUAAAAGAAAAAAUUUUACCUUAGCAGAUCUUUUCUUUUGUUGCUUUAUUCUUUGAUUUUUAAGUACACAUGUGAGAUUUAAUGUCUGAAUUUUUUUAAAUGGUGCUACCCAUUUUAUUAUGAAACUUACAGGAAAGUAGAAGAACAGAACAAAGGGCCCUCUUUCCUGAAUCAUUAAACCAGUUACACCUCUCAAACUCAAAUAUAUUGAUAUAUAAUUCCUAGAAAGACAUACUUAACCACAAUACAAAUACCCAAAUCAGGAAGUUAACACUGCUGAUUGCUAUUGUCUAAUCCAAAGACCCCAUUCAAGUGCCACUAUUUGUCACACCAGUAUUUAAAUUUUUUUUUUAAUUAAUUUAUUUUAAUUAGGUAUAUGACAGCAGAUUGCAUUUUGAUUCAUUGUACACAGUUGCAGCACAACUUUUCAUUUCUCUGGUUAUAAAUGAUGUAGCAUCACACCAUAUGUGCAGUAAUAAAUAUACCUAGGGUAGUGAUGUGCAGUAAUAAGUAUACCUAGGGUAGUGAUGUCCAUCUCAUUCCACCAUCUUUUCUGCUCCCAUGCCCCCUCUUCCCAUGCCCUCCCCGAACCCCUCCUGUUGUGGAUCACCAUCCACUUAUCAGAACAUUUGGCCUUUGGUUUUUUGGGAUUGGCUUAUACUUACUUAGCAUGAUAUUCUCAAACUCCAUCCAUUUACCUGCAAAUGCCAUGAUUUUAUUCUUUUAAUGCUGAGUAAUAUUCCAUUACGUAUAUAUAUAUACCACAGUUUCUUUAUCCAUUCAUCUAUUGAAGGGCAUCUAGGUUGGUUCCACAGUGUAGCUAUUGUGAAUUGAGCUGCUAUAAAUGUUGACUGCAUUACUAUCACACUGGUAUUUUUCAAGUGAUCAUACUGUCUCUUAAUGUCUUACCAAUCUGAAAGUUCCUUGACAUUCAUUAUUUCAAGAGUUUUGAAGACUUCAGGCCAGUUAUUUUGUGGACUGUUUUAUUUUGAAUUUACCUCUUAAGAUUCACAUUAUGUUUUUUGAUAAGAAAUCACAGAAGAGAUAUAUUGUUCUUAUAUUAUCUAAGGUGUCAAACAGUUUUUAUAUAUCCAGUUACUGAUGGCUGGGCUUUGAUCAAUUGAUUAUGGUAUGGUUCACCAAACUUUCACUUUUAUAGUAACUUUUUUCCCUUUGUAAUUAAGUAUCUUAUAAAGAGAUCAUCAAAUUUUCACUCAUUAGUUUUAGCAUCCAUUGAAGAUUUUCAAUUGAAUCAAUAAUUACCACACUGAUUGCCAAAUACUGAUUUUCAAAUUCCAUCAUUACUUGUACUAUACAUUUAUUGGUUGGUAUUCCCUUUCAAUUUAUUUCUCACUGUGGGAACUUGUGGCUACCUUUUUUCUUUUUCUUUUUUUUUUAAAUGCUGGUGAUUGAACUCAGAGCCUCACACAUGCUAAGCAGGCACUCAGAUAUACACUACCAUGUUCAUUGCAGCAUUUACAACAGCCAGUAAAAGGAAUCCAGUAUACCUCAAUGAAUAAAGAAAAUGUGAUACAUCUACACAAUGGAAGAGCAUUCAUCCACAGAAAAGGUAGAAAUCCUAUCAUUCACAACAACAUGGAUGAACCUGGAGGACACUUAGAUUAGAUGGAAUAUGUCAGGCACAGAAAAGAAAAUAACACAUGAUCUCACUCACAUGUGGGGUCUGAAAAAGGUAAAACUCAGAGGAUGGAAGUGGUUACUUGGGCUUAGGAGCAGCGGGGUUUGGAGAGAAAUUGGUAAAAGGAUAAAAAUUUCAUGUCAAUGUUUUUAAAAAAGUUUUAAAAAAGCUGUCCCAGAGACUUUGAUUGAGACCCAGUUCCUCCCCUACCUCCUCCUCUUAUUUUCCCUCCUUCCUGGCCCCCACUCGUGAGAACAGAGAAUGCAGUCAUCUGCAAGCCAGGAAGACAGGUCUCUUAGUAUUCUACCAAAUUCUAAUUUCAAAGAAUAGUUACAAAUGGAAGAAUAUCUAGCUAGAGCAUUUCAUAAAAAUGCCAAAAGUUUCCAAGCAACCAGAUUACCUUUCCCUGUACGGAAAAUGCUAUAAAUACUAAGAAAAUAUGAUAUUUUUUAAAGUCAAAUGACAAAAUUUUAGCAAGGGUUUUAGAAUUUUUUCCAUUUUAUUAUGAAGGAAAAAAAAUCAGUGUAUACAAAGUUAUUACAAAGGUAAACAUUCUGUACAAUCAAAAGCAUUUUAACAAUUGAAAACAAUUGCAUCAAUAGCAUAUUCAAAGGAACUCGAUUAAAUAUGAGUGUAAGAGAGAAAAGAAAUAUGUGCUUUUGUGAUUGGGUAAAUGGUAAUGCCAUUAAGAAAAGCAGAGAAUGCAAGAGGAGACACCAGUUUAUAAGGGCAUUCAGGCAGUUAUCGAAAGCUGAAGCUGUGGGCACUAAGACUACACAGAGGAAAAACCAGCACCAUCUGAAGACUAGGGAUGGGGCUCUAAGGAAAAAACAGACCUCAGAGAGAAAUCCUGUCCACCACAGAAAUGCCAGAGGAGUAUCCAUAGCAGGAAUGGUCAAUAGGUAAGUUGUAAAAAAGGAUAUGCAGAGUAAUGACUGCUAAAAAGACAUUAGAUUUGGCAAGGGGGUUACUCUCUGGUCACAUUUCCCAGAAUAUCACAGAAAAUAGUAGGAGCUAAAGACAGAUUGAUACACAAGGAAAGACUGAAGUGAGGAAAUGGAAAGGCAAACAGUUUUGAAAUCAAGAGGGAAGGAAUAUCAGGGUGGUAGGAAAGGUUUUUGCUAUUUUGUUUUUUGGGGUUUUUAUUUUUAGGCUGGAGAAGACACCUGCCAUGUAUAUACAAAGAAAAGAACUAAAUGGUGAUGUGAGGAUACAGGAAAUGGGAUGGGAAGUAGAGAGGAAGAGGGAUCCAGUGUAACAAAUGGAGAUUAGAUAAGAAGAGUACCUUCUCCACAAAACUAAGGUCAAAGUACAAACACAUUUAGUAGAAGAAACUUAUAGCCAAA